AUGUUCGCUGUUGUGGCUCUGGGUUUCUUGCUAGCCUCAGCUUGUGCGGGAGAUUUCGCUCCUGUCCAUGAGGACGAUCCUUCCAUCCAAGUAGUCAAGAAUGUAAUCAUCAAGUCUAACUACUACCUGGAGGACCAUUUGAUGACCGAGUUAAAUUUACCCAACAUUGGCGGUUACCUACCUACUGAUGUCGUUGCCCUAACGGACGGUAAGAUCGGCGAGCUCAACACAUUAGUACUCAAAGGGGAUCCAGGAAUCCAGAAGAGGACAAACUCUGACGGCUCCACGACUUACCUCUUCGACGUUAAGCUGGGCCUGCAGCAGCUCGGCAUACAGUAUAAGUUCAAAGUGAAAAUCAUCGGCUUCGUCAUCAGAGAAGGGUUCGUGGACCUUUCUCCUGAAGUGAACAUUGUAGGUGCUAAAGGAAUCGUGGUUGUUCAGAAGGAUGGACGGUGUGACGCAAGCUUCUACGGUGUCUCAGUCGACAAAUUAGAUGGAUUCAAGGUGUUAAUCCAACCCCAAGACAUUCCGGGGCUCAGCACCAUUUCACAGACCAUACUCAACUUCGUCACUCCGAGAGUUAUCCCCGUCACAAACUUUGCCCUCAACGGAGCAGUCUUGAGUCCAACUUUCCAAAGAAGUUUCUCUCAGUUCGUUUGCAAAGAGAUUAAUCAUCCGACCGAUGAGCCCCCAACAGCAGAACCAACUGAGCCAACAACAAAACCUACUGAGCCACCAACAAAACCUACUGAGCCACCAACAAAACCUACUGAGCCACCAACAAAACGAACAAAGCCACCAACGAAACAUACUAAGCCACCAACAAAACCAACUAAGCGACCCACAGAACCUACUGAAGAACCAACUGAAUCAUACGAAACCGAAGAAGAUGAAAAAUUUUGA